AUGCAUGAUAUCUAUCGCAGGUCGUUCCUAGACCUAGCCGCCACCGCCGCGCCUCCAUCGCGCCACCGCCACAGCUUCCUCCCUUCGCCGCUGCCGCCGCCGCCGCUGGUCCCUCCGGUCAGCGCCGCCCUCCGACCCGCCGUCGCGCCUCCCGCCGCCGCGGCGGCUUCCUCCUCAGCCGUCGCCGCCCCGCCGGUCGCAGCUGUGCCCCCAAGCUUCCGCACCUCCCUCCUCACCCCGCGCCGCACUGCUCUCCCCACCCGACGCCGCCGCCACUCGCCGCCGGCGGCGGCUCCUUUUAGCCGCCGCCGCUCCCUCCUCUCCCGCUUCCGCACCGCCUCUCCACCACCCGUCCAGCCGCCGCCGGUCCCCUCCAUGCGCCGCCGUCACAGCGGGCCACCGCCACCGCAUCCAGCAACCGCCGCCACCCAUCCCCAUCCCCACCGCGCCGCCGUGCCGCCUCCCCCAGCCGUCGCCGCCGCUGCGAUGUCUUCUGCGGCGCCGUCUCUCUUAGGCUACAUGUACACGGACGCGCCGGCUCCCUUCACCACGCCGCAGGUUUUUCCGGCGGGCCAUCCGGCCUACUUCGCCGUGCCGCAGCAGUCGGCCGGUGUUGGCUCCGCGGCUCUGCUGGCCACGCCGAUGGCUGGCGGCCAUGCUCUGCCCGCCCCGGUUCAGCCCUACGACGGCUUCGCCUCGCUGCCCGUCUCACCGCCAUGGGACACUACCUCCUUGGCUGCACUGCACUCGGCCCCAUCACCGGCGGCGCUUGUUACGAACCUUGUAUCUGUUCGUCGUCUUCCUCGUGAGAAUCCCAUUACCGUUGAAUUUGAUGAUGUCAGUUUUUCUGUGAAGGACGCAUGUACUCGGAUGGUCCUUCACCGUUGCGAUAGUCCUGACGAGCUCUAUCCGGUGCACUCCUCCACCACCGCCUCCACCACCCCAGUCGCCCUUGCCGCAGUUAUUGCAUAG